UUACAGCCAAUUCCAAGAGUGAAAAGUACAGUGAGGCAGCAAAAACUAGUGUGUGUAUUUUCAUUUCUCUUCAAAUUUUCUUAUUUUCCCCCUCUGUUAAUCCCCGCUUCUUGGAUCCCCUUUCUGUCAUCGUCUGUCUUUCAAAAAUUGAUAAAAAAAAAUUUCGGGGUUUGAUUUUCUUGAUCUUGAACUUGAAAGAAAUUCUUAGCAAACCCCGGAAGGGCGUUUUUUAUUUUUUUGAAAGCCAGGUGAUUCAGAAUAGAGAUCACUUUUUAGUGUACAUUUCAUUCUCUUUUUUACUCAGGACAACUAAGAGGGUCUGUUUUUUAAUCCCUCAGGUUGGUUUUCCUUCUCUCUUGAAUUCAGUAUAGUUUUAAGGGUAACAAAGGGUUGUUUAUUUGAGACCUCUUUGCUCCUUUGUGUGGAAAGUUUUGUAUUUUGUUACUUUUGCUUUAUUUGAAUUCUGUAUUUUGCUUGAUAAGAAAUCAUGGCAGCAGCUAUAGAUAUAUUCAGCGCUAGCAGCAGUCAAGGUUUUUCUUCAGAUCCCUUCAGGGAAGAGCUUAUGCAAGCACUUUUACCAUUUAUGAAAAGUGCUUCAAUUACCUCCUCUUCUUCACCUCCUCCUCUUUCUUCUCCUUCAACUUCUGCUUCUCCUCCUCCUACUGACUACCCUUUUGACUCUUCUACUUCUUCUCUUUCUACAGAAUCCAAUAUGUACUCAGGUUUUUGCUCAAACCCUUCAAUAACCCAAGAAUUUUAUCCCGGGUUUUGUAGUUUUGGAUAUGAGCAAACUGAUGGUACUAUUGGGCUAAAUCUCCUCACCCCAUCUCAGAUCCUUCAAAUCCAGGCUCAAUUCCAACUCCAGCAGCAGCAAUUCCAAAAUCAACAAAUGAAUUACACUCCCAUCCAUAUGCUGCAUAAGCAGAACCAAUUCUCAAGCUUCCUUGGUCCGAAACCUGUCCCAAUGAAACAUGCUGGAACUUCCUCCAAGCCCACGAAGCUUUACCGGGGAGUUAGGCAACGGCAUUGGGGAAAAUGGGUUGCGGAGAUUAGACUUCCAAAGAACAGAACUAGGCUUUGGCUUGGGACUUUUGACACAGCUGAGGAAGCGGCUUUAGCGUAUGAUAAGGCUGCAUAUAAGCUAAGAGGAGAGUUUGCAAGGCUCAAUUUCCCCAACCUUAGGCAUCAGUGGUGCCAGGAAUUCAGUGAUUUCAAGCCCCUGCAUUCCUCUGUUGACGCCAAGCUUCAAGCAAUAUGUCAAAGCUUGGCUAACUCUCAGAAACAGGUGAAUUCUGAAAGGCCCUGUUUUAAAUCUGAUGCAAAGGCUGAAAUUUCAACACCAACAAGUGCUCCGAAUGUAGAAGAAUCCCUGAAUAGAGGAUUUAGAAACCAGGUAUUAGAGGAUAACAUCAAGGUGGAGGCUUCAUCGUCACCUUCCCCAACUGAUGAGGGGUCAGCUUCACCAAAAUCUGAUAUUACCUUUCUGGAUUUCUCAGAGCCUUCUUUCGAAGAAUCCGAUAACAUGUUGGAGAAAUAUCCUUCUGUGGAGAUAGAUUGGGCAGCUUUAUAAUAAUAUGCCAUAUGCUUCUAAAUACUUGGUUUAUUCCUAGGAUCUUUCUGUUGUAAUCCAGGUUUAGUUUGGUGCCAGUUGUGGCCUCUGCGAUGGUUUUUUUGACAUAUGCAGAGGCCCUGGAGUUUAUGUUUAUAUAAGUAGUACAAAAGUCUCUGCAUUUUGGUCAGCUGGUGUUUUUUUCCAUGCAAAACAAAUGGAGAUUUCAGAUUUCUCUGUUUUUCUUGAACUUGUAACUGAAUGUAACUAGUGUCUAUUUGUGUACUUCCUGUUUAGUAGUAUGAAUUAUGACGUGCUUUCUAUUUUACUA